AUGUCAGGCCUGCGACUACGGCCGCAACCUCUUACAUUCCGCCGACCGCGCGCGCUUCCUCGCCCACAGUUCCGCGCCAUGGCCACGGUACCCUUCAGGCUCCCUGAUCCACGAAACGAACCCAACCCCACGUACGAGAGAGGCUCCCCCGAGCGCGCCAAACUAGAGCAGGCCCUGCAGAGGCUCACCUCUCAGCUCCCGCUCCAAAGCCAGAUUGUCGUCAACGGCACAUCGCAACCCGUGAGCAAGGCGUGGGACCAGCCGCUGCCCGCCGAACAUGCCACCACCUUCACCAGCUGUCCACUCGCGUCGAAAGAGCAGGUCGCGGCCGCCAUCGAGUCUGCGCUCGCGGCGAAGAAGUCGUGGGAACAAACGCCCUUCGUCGACCGUGCCGCCAUCUUCCUCAAGGCCGCAGAGCUCGUCGCGACCACGUACCGCUACGACCUCAUUGCAGCGACCAUGCUCGGCCAGGGCAAGAACAUCUGGCAGGGCGAGGUCGACGCUGCCGCCGAGUUGGCUGACUUCUUCCGCCUCAACUGCAACUACGCCGCCGAGCUGCUGGAAAGACAGCCGACCCGCGGCAGCGAUGGCAUGUGGUCGCGUCUGGACUACCGCCCGCUGGAAGGAUUCGUGUACGCCAUCUCGCCUUUCAACUUCACUGCCAUUGGCGGCAAUCUGAUUUCUGGGCCUGCGCUCAUGGGCAACGUGGUGCUCUGGAAGCCGUCUCCAUCCAAUGUGUACGCCAGCACCUUGGUACAUAAGAUCCUGCUCGAGGCCGGUCUCCCUCCAGACGUCAUCCAAUUCAUACCCGGCGACGCCGAGGAAAUCAACGACGUCGUGCUCAAUCACCGCGACUUUGCUGGACUCGGCUUCGUAGGCUCGUCAGACGUGUUCCGCUCACUCUCAGCCCGCGUUGGCCAGGGCAUCGGCAACCACACUUACCGCGAAUUCCCUCGUCUCGUCGGAGAAACAAGCGGAAAGAACUUCACCCUCGUUCACCCAACCGCCGACAUCCCUUCGGCAGUCAAGCAUACCAUUCGCGGCUCGUUCGAAUACCAGGGCCAAAAGUGCUCUGCCACUUCCCGCUUGUAUCUGCCGCAGUCUCGAUCCGACGAGUUUCUUUCCGCUUUCCUCAAGGAUGUCAAUGAUAUUACCCAGGGCAACCCGCAUAAGGACCUCGCCGCUUUCAUGGGCCCAGUCAUUCACCGCCGCUCCUUCGAUAAGAUCAAAGCUGUCAUCGACGAGAGCAACAAAGACCCUUCGCUCAAACUCCUCGCCGGCGGCACCUACGAUGACUCCGAAGGCUUCUAUGUCAGGCCCACCGUCUACCUUUCUGAGUCACCCGACCAUAAGCUGUUCAACUACGAGAUCUUCGGCCCCGUGCUUGCGGUCCAUGUUUAUCCCGAUGACGAGUGGAGCUCUAUCUUGACCAAGGUGGACCAAGCUGGAGGUGGCUUCGCGCUUACCGGUGCUGUCUUCGCUCAAUCCCGGGCCGCCAUUCGCCAAGCGGAAGACGCUCUUCGCUACGCAGCUGGAAACUUUUACAUCAACUGCAAGACCACAGCGGCACUCAUUGGACAGCAGAGCUUCGGCGGAAGCCGGGCAAGCGGCACAAACGACAAGGCUGGAAGCUCCAACACCUUGUUGCGCUUCACGACCCCGCGACUCAUCAAGGAGGAGUUCUUCCCGCAGACCGAAUACUUGUACCCUAGCAAUCGUUAG